GGGUUAAAGUUCACAACAAUAAUAAUGGCGGUGGCAUGCUUUUGGUAGGCAUGCAGUCGGAGUUUUAACGUAGGUUAGAAACGAAUAGAACAGAAUGAAGGAGACUCCUUUGUCAAAUUGCGAGCGAGAUUUCUUGCUUAAAGCCAUCCAAGAGAAAAAGCGCCUGGAUGGACGGCAGACUUAUGACUACAGGAAAUUAAAGAUCAUGUUUGGGACUGACUUUGGAUGCUGUUUCGUGGAACUGGGCAAAACGAGGGUAAUGGCUCAGGUAUCCUGUGAGCUCGUCGCUCCCAAAGAGAACCGACCAAAUGAGGGAAUCAUGUUCUUCAAUAUAGAGCUGUCACCCAUGGCUUCACCUGCAUUCGAACAGGGCAGACAGUCAGAGUUGUCGGUGAAGCUAAACCGACAGCUGGAGAGAUGCUUAAGGAACUCCAAGUGCAUUGAUCUGGAGUCCUUAUGUGUGGUGUCCGGCGAAAAGGUAUGGCAAAUUCGGGUGGAUGUACACAUGCUGAAUCAUGAUGGCAACCUGAUGGAUGCCGCCAGCAUCACCGCAAUCGCCUCCCUGUGCCACUUCAGACGACCUGAUGUUGGCAUCCAAGGAGAUGAAGUCACUGUGUAUAGUCCUGAUGAAAGAGAUCCCAUUCCUCUUAGUAUCUACCACAUGCCCAUCAGCGUCAGCUUUGCCUUUUUCCAGCAAGGGACCUAUUUGCUCGUAGAUCCAUGUGAACGGGAGGAGCGCGUCAUGGACGGCUUGCUGAUGAUUGCAAUGAACAAGCACAGGGAAAUCUGCUCCAUCCAGUCGAGUGGCGGCAUCAUGUUGCUCAAAGAGCAGGUAAUGAGAUGCAGUAAAAUAGCCAGCGUCAAAGUGUCUGAAAUCACAAAACUCAUCAUGAAAGCUUUGGAGAAUGACAAAACAGCCCGGAAGGCAGGUGGCAAGUGUGGCUUUGCAGAGUCUAUGCCUCAAGAGCGAAUCACUGCUUUAAAAAAGGACGAGACGGCAGUUGAAAUGACAGAUGUGACCGAACGAGCCAAUGAUAUUGUCCUGAACGCCGAGGUUCCUCCUCAGACAAGUCAGUCGCUGCUCGUGCCACUCCCAGGCAUGGGACAGGUGGGCAAAGAUCUUCAAAACAGCUGGGGAAUCGAGGAAUAUUACCAAGAUGAGGAGGAAGCUUUCAACAGUGAUGAAGAUAAGCAAACAAUGAUGGAGGUUGGCGAAAAACAAAAAGUACACGAAGAUGUGGUUGAGAUAUCUGACAGCGAAGAAGAUGAAGUGGUCAUACUUCAACCAGAGGCAACGGACAGAGCUCACAAGAAGACAAGCUCAAGUUCCCACCUGAAGGAGCCAGCGAAAUCAAAGAAACGCCACAGAAAAUGAGAGAGAUUUAUAAAGCUUUGUUUCCAGAAGCAGUAACACUGUGAGACUGCAGUCCUGUUACAAUGAUUUCUUCUGACUUUUCUUCAAACCCGAUUAAUCUCUGCAAGAAUAUAAACUUGUACUUCCUGCUUAUUUUUCAUUGGAGCUUGUCAAUAGAAAAGAGCACGCGUAUUAAUAGUCUCAAAUAAUAUCGGAAUAUACAAACAUGUACAGUAUAUAUCAGGGGUCUCAAAUACCUG